AUGGCUGUCUUCCAGCCUGCAUUAGCCAGCUCCUGGUGGCAGCAGGAUCCCCCAGACAUUGCCCAGCAGCUGACAUCUUCACCGUCCUUCCUUGGGGAUGGUUUAUCAGUUUAUGUUGAACUUUCCAUCCCUUUGGCAGCAUUUUGGCAAAAAGGGGUUGCCUGGAUAGAAGAAAAGCAGAGCCCUUCCUACUCAGGGGUUCUCCAGCAUCUCUCUGUGGGAGAGGACAGCAGGAGGCAGCUGAGCCACGUGGGUGGCUGCAGGCUUGUGCAAGCAGCUCUUGGGGAGAUCCUGCAGCCUUCAGGCCAGGACCCACUCCUACUGCUGAAAACCCUUCAGCUUCUCUGGACAAAGCAAGAGCUGGGGAAGCUCAAGGAAGAAAUCAGGCGGGGCUUUGCCAGACUGGAGGACCCUUUGGCAGGACUCCUGGCCAUGCUGGAGAGUAGCGGUGAUUGGAAGGGGAAAGGGCAUUCCCUGGGGUAUUGCAUCACCACGGAGCUGCAGCUUUGGAUAAAAACGCAUCCUGCUGUCGCACAGUCUGCCACCAAGCUGAAGAAGCUGCAGGCCCGUGUGCUCGGAAUGCUCUCCCAGUGCCCAGCUAAUCUGCUUGACCCCCUGAUUAGCAUUUACCAGCUCCACACAGCAGACCGGAACUGUUUGCUUGAGCAUGUCAGUCAUCUUUAUCUCCAGGGCAAUUACAAAGAGGCAGCCAUACUGAGUAUUAAGCUGAAAUUACAGCCAGAUCAAGAUGUAGAGAAGAUGUGUACCCCACUACUGCUCCAGGAUAAAGCUAACUUGGUGGAAGAUUAUGUGGCAGAAUAUCCCGAGCUCCAGAGCAAGCUCUUGCAGACCCUGGACAAGUGGUGUGACCCCAGCUUCAAUAUCAGAGACAUCCCAAGACCAUAUCAAGGCCUGUCCAGGUACAAACCGGAAAAAUUUAACCGCAGAGUGCUCAGCAAGCUGGUCUUCAGGCUCCUGGAGAGAUUCAGCAUUGACCCAGCUCUCUGCCCUAAUGUUAUAAAUCAGCGGCACUUGAGAACCCUGAAUUACCUCUUUUACAAGAGAUUUGUUGAGAAAACCAUGACUGAGGAGAAUUGGGCAGACCACAUUCAGAGCACGGUUGGGGAGAACCGCUGGCUCCAAGGACAGCUGGUGCAGUCACUGCUCCGUCACUGCGAUGCGCGCGGGGCGGCGCGGUGGGCACAGCACUGCCAGGUGCCCCCCGAGAUGCUGCCUCGGGCCAUGGCUGAGGAGCUGCAGAAGCUGCACAUCCAAGACAGGGUAGAAGAGGCCACAAAAGCAGACAAUUAUGAGGCCAGUAAGAAGAAGGACUACUACCAGAUUCCUAUUUCACGGGAAAAUAUUCACUUUCUGCAGACAUGGGAGGAGACCCUGCAGUGCUGGGAGAAGGUGCUGCAGCCUGGACAGGUCGUUGGUGUGGACAUGGAGUGGAAGCCUUCCUUUGGCAUGGUGGGGAAGCCCCGUGUCGCCCUCCUGCAACUUGCACUGAAGGAUGAGGUGUUCCUGUUGGACCUUCCACAGCUCCUCAAGCAAGCUGAGGCUGAGGGAGAGAAGGAGAAGCUUCCCCAUUUCAUCCAGAUGCUCUAUUCAGACACAGCCAUCACUAAACUAGGUUAUGGGAUGUCUGGAGACCUCAGCAGCCUUGCAGCCACAUGUUCUCUUCUGAAAGACAUGGAGAAGCAAAUGCAAGGUGUGGUGGAUCUUCUUGCAGUGGACAAACAACUGCAGUGGGGGAAGAACAGCCGGAAGGUCGAUGGACUGUCCCCGGAGCACAGCCACGAGGAGAGAGGGGUCAGACAACCGGAGAAGGGACUCAGCCUCCUGGUGCAGCAUGUGCUGGGGAAGCCUCUGGAUAAAACAGAGCAGCUGUCAAACUGGGAGAAGCGGCCACUCCGGGAGGAGCAGAUCCUCUAUGCAGCCUCAGAUGCCUACUGCUUGCUGGAGAUCUACGAGAGGCUCUGCAAGGACCCUGGGAGCUUUGGUCUGGGUUCAGACCUGACAGACAGUCUGGUGGAAAAACAGAGCAAAAAACCCAGGGCAAAGAAGCAGCUGAAUAAACAAGAAGCACCAUCACCUUCUGGACAGGAAUGCCAAGGACCCAGAACAGAGCCCUCAGGCCCCCCUGCCCCCAUUUCCCCCCGGGAGUUCAGCGUGAUUUGUGACAACAUGCUGCAGGGCCUGGGGCGCUACCUACGCUGCCUGGGCGUGGAUGUCCGGCUGCUGGACAAUGAAGAUGACCACAGGAAAGCUGCUGAGAUUGCCCGACAGGAAGGAAGAGUCAUUUUGACCUCUGGACUCCCAUAUCAGACUCUACGCUCCCAGGUGGGAGAAGGAAGGUGUUUCUCUGUGAACUGCUCCAAGAAGGCGAAGGAACAGGCGCUGCAGGUGCUGAAGCACUUCAAUGUGCAGGUGUCCCUGAGUGACAUCUUCAGCCGUUGCCAGGUGUGCAAUUGCAACAAGUACCUGAAGGUCUCACGGGAGAGGAUGAGGCAGCUGGUGGAGGGCAGCAGACAAACAUCAAGGGAACACAGUGCAGGCUGCCCGGGGAGCCAGAGCUGCGAUGUCACCGUGCCAGUUUGUGACGCAGCCCAGCCUGGCUGCGUCCCACAUGGCCAGCAGGCAGAGGGGGUGGAGCAGUGCAGGGCAGCCAAGGUGUUGGCAGGGGACACAGUUCUGCAGGUCGCUGCCAUCCCCCCCAGGGUGCUGGACAGAGCCGAGCUCACUAACUUCUACUGCUGCACCUGCUGUGGGAAAGUGUUUUGGGAAGGGUCCCAUUUUGGACGCGUCAUCUCCCAGUUUCAGGAUGUUCUUGUGGCCACUGAGGACACACAGAGUGUCUAUGAGCUGAGCUGA